CAACGAACAAAAUUGCUAAACUUAUGCAACGAUUUGUUCCUCAUCUGAGCUUCACACACGGAUAAGUACAUAUUUACAAAUUCCACGAGAUUAACAAGUUAGUGAUAUAAUAUUUUAGAAAAUAAAUCCAAUAAGUUUCUGAAUAAUACUGUCAGCAUGAGACUGUCAAAGUCCUUCAUUUUGCUCUUGGCGUGUCCACUAAUUUACGCCAUGAAGGGUGGUACUUGUCCACCGGAUGAUGGCUUAUCCUCCAUCUGUGUCAUCGAUUAUGACACUUACUGCUGGUCCAGUAACGACUGUCCCGGACCUCAGUUGUGUUGUCCGUCCGGAUGCAAUAAGGAAUGUAAAGAUCCCAUCACACCGACGAGAGGGCCGACAACUCGACCUGGAAAAUGUCCCAAAGUUAUUCCCUCGCAAAUUGGUGCAUGUCAGUUCACGGAUCAAAAUUGUGUUCAGCACUCGGAUUGCCCUCGGGGACAAAUGUGUUGUCGAGACAGUUGUGGGAAAAUAUGCAAAUCUGUUGGAAAACAGCGGCGUACAACAACGACGACCCCAUUUCCAACCGAUUUUCCCAGCGAGGAACAUACCUACCCUGAUUAUACCUCGGCACCGCCGACAUUUGGACGAAAUCGGACCGGAAGUAAUGCCACUGCAGUUAACAGCACUUCUAAUUCGAAUCCUUGGCGACAAGGAUCCACUUCUGGUGGACAAGUUCAAUCAUCAAUUGAUUAUGAACGAAACUACCCUGCACUGACCGAGUCGGCACCAAUGACCUGCCCCCCGCGACCCAGAUAUUCUUCUUACACGGUUUGCAGAUACGAUCCAAGCAAGAACUGUGUCCAAAAUUCGGACUGUUCUGCAGGAAAAAUUUGUUGCACUUCGACAUGUGGGAAGGAAUGUACCACUGGGGUUGCAGCGUAUCGUAGCUUGCGGCGUGGGGAAGUCUGGUGAAUUCACUUUAAAGGAUGAAAUGGAUGGGUGCGAAAUGGAUUAGAUUGGAUCACUUUGAUUUGAAUCUAUUACAUAAAUUAGACAAUAUUAAUCAUAAAUAAAGGAAGUAUCAGAACGUUUAAAGUUUUAGGUUUUUGGCUUUAAUCAACUUUACCAAUUCAAGUUGAAACAGAGAAAAUUAAUCAUGUAACAAUUCACGGAUCGUAUUAAUCAUUGUUAAUAAUUUAAAUGUGAAUAAAUCUCAUUUCUCUAUUCAUAAAUAA